GUCCCGGGCGCGAGCUGCGUUAGUGCGUACCACUUACUGCUGCUGUCACUCUCGAGCUUUGAUCGAUGCGGUGACGCACCGACGUUAUCUCGCGCUUCCGCCGCCAGGCAGUUUUCACUUUUAAAACCAAAACCAACUUUGUCGUUUGAGUUGCCGAAGUUCGUUUUUCAUUUCUCCUGCUUUAUCGCUCUUGGUUCAGUCGCUUGCCUCUGAAAGUUAUCCUUUUGCGUGCUUGUUUGACCAUGGCCACGUCGGUUCCUUUAUUGCCCUCCGCUCCGCUUGCUCACGCGCCUCCGAUCUCGGUCUCUGCGUCCACCAACUCCUCGAGUCCAGCGACCCUCUCGCCGUCGCCGUCGGUCGCACCCUCAGGACCGGGUCUUUUUCGCUCGGAGUUGCUUUCCUCCGCAAGCCCGGCCAUCCCCGUGGGCAGUCUGCCGAACAAGCCCGUGUACUCCACCCCGUCGCCGGUCGAGAACACCCCGCAGAACAACGAAUGUCGCAUGGUUGAGGUACGGGGCGCCAAGCUCGCCUCCUUUACGGUCAACGGCAGGGAGCUCAUUUGUCUGCCGCAAGCGUUCGACCUCUUUCUGAAGCACUUAGUCGGUGGGCUGCACACCGUGUACACGAAGCUCAAACGGCUGGAGAUAACGCCGGUGGUGUGCAACGUGGAGCAGGUGCGCAUCCUGCGGGGUCUGGGCGCGAUUCAGCCCGGAGUUAAUCGCUGCAAACUCAUCUCGAGGAAAGACUUCGAGGUUCUUUACAACGACUGCACCAACGCAAGCUCUAGACCUGGCCGUCCCCCCAAAAGGACCCAGAGCGUGACGUCCCCAGAGAGCCCGCACAUCUUGCCCCACUCUGUCUCGGGACUCAUGUCUUCGGGAAUGAUGUCUCACACAGGCCUAACAGCCGCUACUUUAGCAGAGGCCAUGAAGAAGAAGAUUAAGAUGGAGGUAAUGAGUGGUUACCAUGGCAGUAACAGCCACGGCCCAGACUCCGAGAAUGGAGACGUGAACUCGAGCAUGGGUCUGGAGCUGCCAUUCAUGAUGAUGUCACAUCCACUGAUCCCAGUCAGCCUGCCCCCUGCCUCGGUCACCAUGGCAAUGAACCAGAUGAACCACCUGAGCACUAUCGCCAACAUGGCCGCUGCCGCCCACGUUCCGGCCAGGAUGGCCACCUCAGUCAUUAAGGAGCGAGUUCCAGACAGCCCUUCCCCAGCCCCGUCUUUGGAUGAUGGCCGUCGGUCGGUUGGCCGUUUGUCCUCCAGGCAGAGCAGCAGUGCGUCAAGCUCCCCUGCCCACACCGAGAGCUCGUCUGACCGGCCACAUGUGCACCAGAACGGUCUUUCCCUGGGACAUGCCCUCUUAGGCCUUUCCCCUAGUGCGCCCCCGGGUCCCAAAGAGGGUGAUCUGGCAACCCAAGACACAUGCCACGACACAAGGAGGACACCGGCAGAAAAAGACGAGACCAUGCUGGGCAUGCCCACAUCACGAGAGGGCUUCGAGAGGGUUUCUCACGCCGGACCGACACUACCGCCGGGGUUCCCUGGCACGCUGCUCUUUCCAGAGGGCUUAUCUUCCAUAGAAACCCUCCUCACCAACAUUCAGGGUCUGUUGAAGGUUGCCGUGGACAACGCGCGGGCGCAGGAGAAGCAGGUGCAGCUGGAGAAGACAGAGCUGAAGAUGGAGUUGUGCCGAGAACGUGAACUCCGUGAGACGCUUGAGAGGCAGCUCUGCGUCGAGCAGAAGAACCGAGCUCUGAUCCAGAAGCGGCUGAAGAAGGAGAAGAAGACGAAGCGGAAGCUGCAGGAGGCGCUGGAGUACGAGUCCAAGCGGCGGGACCAGGCCGAGAAGACGCUGCAGCAGACGGCCACCAGCGAGUUCGCCCGCAGCCCGAAUGAGCCUGCGCCCCAGAACCUGGAGACUGAGCUAAGCGACGACAGAACAGACACAGACCGGACGAUACCAGACGGACGCCUCUUCCUAAAGUCUGCAGUGAUGUUCUGAGGAAACAGAGGCGGGGCUAAAACUUGCCAAUCAGUCCAGAGAAGGGGGGGGGGAGAGAGACCGGAGUCGACCGGCUGAAUAAUCACAACGAUCGAUUCUAUCAGUGGGCUGGAGACGUUUCCAGGGCCCCGCAGGGAAGAUGUCUGUACAUUACUGCAAGGACUCACGGAGACGCCUGCAGGCAUGGGCAGAUCAAUGUUUCCAGCGUGCCUUCACACGCUGUGAAGUGGCGCUGCUGGGCCCACACCCUCUCUCCUACCGCGGAGGCCAAGAGCAGCCAGUGGGGCAGAGCAGCGACCUGCUGAGUUUCCCAGCGCUGAACUGGGUGAACACGCUUUCUUGAACCAUUAAACCAGCCUCCCUACAGCGAAGAUGAAAAUAUGUAAAUAAGAGAGCUUCUUUUUUCCAAGCCCUUCUGCUGUUUGAAUGUGUGUAUAUCUAUGGCGUAUCAUUACAUUCAGGAGAGGGGGAAGCGUCUGAUGAUUUGAGUUCAUUUGGUUGUUCAUGAGUUAUCAACAUGACAUUUAAAAAUGUGUUUCUAUACUUGUCUUCAAGAGAACAUUGUCCUUAUAUUUUUUGUCUCGUUAUGUGUAGGAUUAGUAGAGAUGUCUCAAAAAAAUUACAGACAUCAAAAAUGUACAUAAACGUGUAGAGAUAACUGUGCAUUGUAUGUGUAGAUCUCUUAGGAUAUCAAUACAAACCUCUUUAAUUAAA